AUGUCUGCAGAAGCUCAGAGGGUAUUGGUGAUUGAAGACGCUUCACCAGGAAACAGCCCGAACGCUAUCAAAUACGUCUUACAUGGCUCUAGGAUUUUUCCUGGAGACAAGCUGAAGCUCCUGGGAGUUCUCCGCGACUUUAGACACCCACGAUCAAGAUGGGUUCAAGUUCCUGGCCCGGACUACGCCAGGAUAUUGUCAGGGAACAAGUUGCAUGGAAGCGAGAAGAGUAAAUUUUCAGUUGAAGUGAAACAUCCAAUUGAGCAAGUAGAUGGAAAGAUAUAUUGUAGACGUGUGUCAACAGAACUGUGUCUACGUUAUAAGUACGUGCAUCCUUCUAGCAUGAGGAGACUGCCCGGUUUAGCUGCUAAUAUUCAAGCUCAGUUCCAGAAUUUGCGCAAGUCCACAACUAUUGCUCUGGAUAUAGAUGUACAAGGAGGAGCUUCUCCAAAAGAAGAAAUCCUAAAAGCUGCUGAGACUUUUAGGGCAACAUGGAUAAUACUCGACAGGAAAAUGGAAAAAGACAAGGAUUAUCUCAUGGAAAGACUCUCAUGUGGAAUUUCAAUAGUAAAACGCGAUCAUACCAUUCAAGAGCUGAGACAGCCAAGUGCGUGGAAUCUGCAGAUGCAACAUAGACGCAACUCUAGCAACUCAACAGGAAGUGAUGAACCAGAUCCAAUGAGCAGGCACUACAUUUGUUCCGUUUGCCACAACAGACGUCCAAGUAUGGGAUGGAAGAGAGACUUCGCUUUUGCAGAGAUUAUGGCUGCUAUUAAGGGUAUUUCUCAGAAAAUCGCUUUGGACUCUGGAGUAGCCUGCAGGGGCGAGCUUAAUGGACUGAAAAUUACUGUUAAGCAGCACAACAACGCAUGCUUCCAAUCCAAAGUUCCCAAGCUCAGUGAAGUGAGACAUGAAAAUCUGGCCAUGCUGCUAGGUUCAUGUUCAGAAGGAAAUCACAGGCUGCUUGUUUCUGAAUAUGUCUGCAAUGGUUCGCUGGACAAUCAUCUGUCCAGAAAUCCGGGUAGACUUCUGAGGUUGGAUCAAAGGAUGAAAAUCGCCUUAGGAGCUGCUAGAGGCUUGGAAUAUCUCCAUGUAAACAACAUCAUCCACCGAAAUUUGAGGCCUGACAACAUCCUCUUAACUCAUGAUUACGAACCGCUGCUAGGAGAUUUUGGCCUUGAAAUGACUCUGUAUGAAGACUCUGAUAUCUCUUCUGAGACAAAGAUCGGAACUUUGCCAUACUUGGCUCCAGAAUACGAAGAUUCCGGCGAAGUGGGUCAAAAGAGCGACUGCUAUUCCUUUGGGGUCAUACUUCUACAUCUGAUCACAGGACUAGGAAGUACAGACCCGUUACUUGAAGACCAAACUAUUGUAGAAUGGGUAACCGCCUCAACGCUUCUUAUACAGUCUCUGCCUGCAAAACCAUUGUUAAAAGAAAAGAACUACAGCAAAUUGAUCGAACACAGCAUGGUUGACUCUUAUGAUUUCGACCAACUCUCUGGGCUGAUUCAAGUGGCAGAAAAAUGCCUGAGCAAGAAUCCUUGCAGGAGGAUGUCCAUGGACCAGUCAAAAGAGUCAGUGGUACUAAUCAACGGAAGUGAAUUACAGGUGGUUAAAGCGUUGAAUCGAAUAGUAGACGGCAACACCGGGCCUGUUAUGAGGAGCUUCUCGCCGGCACAAUCAGAUUCUCGAAGUGGCAUUCAGGACUUCUCCUCCUCCUCCUCCUCCUCCUCCUCCUCCUCCGGCCCUAGCUGUGAGAGGCGCGUGCUUGUGCUUGUUACUCUGUCAGAAGGAACUGAUCUGCGCACUGAUGGCGCCACUGGCAGCUUAUCAGGUUAUGAUCUGGUGGGAGGAGGGAGGGAGCUUGAAAAUAUGCUGACCGAUGGACACGUGUCGACCCCCUAA